AUUUCAACUGUUUCAAAAAAGUGACUUCUUGUUCUUAUCACCAUUUCGACAAAUAUAUAAAUCAAUAAAUGAAAAAAAUAUGGUAUAGUAAUCGUUAAACUUUAUAUUUGUAAAUAUUGAAUCGUGGAAGGCAUACUUUGGACAUUAUGGUUAAGAUUGGAUUCUUUUGUAUGAUUGUAAUGUGUGUAAUUAGUAAUACAGAUGCAUCCUGCCAAUUCAAGGAUUCACUUCAGGGUAGAUGGAAUGGAGGUUAUGAUGCAGACACCAGGAAAAAUGUUGUUUUUAGUUUUGAUGGAGAUACACUGAGGGAUUUUACCUUAAACAUGCCAACACUGUCACAGAGUGAUUUUACUUGUGUCGAAAGUUACGAGAAAGGAGAUACAACGAUAUAUACCUUACAAAAUGUGGAGACUCCACAACCCAUUUUUGGGAUCCAAAUCGACAUUUACUUUUGUCUGGCUGUCAAAGGCGAAGAGUAUUCUAUACUGACAGGUUUGAAUCCUAUCCUAAAGGAUAAAGUAUAUGGCGUGAAAGCCGGUACAUCUGUACUUACUAAUGAUAUUUGUAACCAGAAUGGUAAUGAAAUGAACGAAAUGACACAAAUAGCGGACCAAAUAAGCAUGAGAAAGAGUGAAGAAAUAACAAGACUGGUCGAUUCACUAGAAAGGGAACUUGAAGACCGACCUUGAACAUCUGUAGUUACAUUGUAGAUAGUCUCUAAUAACAUUUUGUAGAUUUUCGAGAAAAAAUACUAUAGUUGCACCAGAGAAUAUCAUUUUUGAUUUCAUCUUAUAUAGCUGAUGAUGAUUCUGUAUUCAAGCAAGUUUGGCGCAAUCAGAAGUGUGUACACAAACAUCUGGUCUGAAUUUUUGUAUUGUAAUAUCAAAAUCUUGUAAAUGAUUUUACAGAUGUAAGAAAAUAAUUUACUUACAAAUUGUUUUUAAUUAUCUUCAUUAUUAUUAUUAUCAUCAUUAUCAAUAGAAAAAAAAUGUUAGGUCAUA